AGGGUCAAGGAGGGAAGGGGCAAGUUACUUUUAAAAGUUUCAUAUCAGAGAAGCGAAGUGAAGGUAUAUCAGCGAUGGAAGGAAGCAUAGCAGGGGUAAGGGAAACCUUCAAAAGUGGAAGAACUAGAAGUGUGGCGUGGAGGAAGAACCAGCUGAGGGCUGUGAUUGACCUGAUAAAUGAAAACGAGCAGACCAUUUAUAAAGUACUCCAUCAGGAUCUUGGAAAGGAUCCUGCUGAAUCAUACAGAGAUGAGAUGGGGGUUAUACUGAAAUCAGCCAACUAUGCUUUGAGCUGUCUGGACAAGUGGGUCGCACCUAAGAAGGCUGAGUUGCCAUUGGUUUUCUUUCCUGCAAAAGGGGAAGUGCUGCCUGAACCACUUGGCGUAGUUCUCAUAUUCUCGUCUUGGAACUUCCCCAUCUCGUUGGCAUUGGACCCAUUGAUCGGAGCAAUCUCUGCAGGGAACGCAGUGGUGCUAAAACCUUCAGAGCUGGCCCCGGCGUGCUUGUCCUUUUUCAUCGAAACUUUUCCCCUUUAUUUGGACAACAAAGCCGUUAAGGUCAUCGGCGGUGCAGCAGAUGUUGGUGAAAGACUGCUUGAGCUGAAAUGGGACAAGAUAUUCUUCACUGGGAGUCCACGAGUGGGCCGCUUGGUUAUGACUGCAGCUGCCAGGCAUUUGACACCAGUUACUUUAGAACUUGGUGGAAAAUGCCCUGCUGUUGUAGACGCCUUCGCCAGCCCUUCAAAAACAAAGGUGAUUGCAAAAAGAAUCGCAGGGGGGAAGUGGGGGCUCUGCAGCGGACAAGCUUGCAUCGCUGUAGAUUACUUGCUUGUGGAAGAGAAAUUUGCCUCUACUCUGAUUGAGCUAUUAAAGAAGAACAUCAAGAGAUUCUAUGGUGGAAACCUUGGAGACUUGAAAUGCAUCUCCAGAAUUGCGAACAAGCAUCACUUUGAAAGAAUCUAUCAUCUUUUAGAAGAUCCCCAUGUUGCGGCCUCAAUUGUUCACGGAGGUUCCGCUGAUGAAGAAAGACUGAUUAUUGAGCCAACAAUCUUGUUAAAUCCCCCACUUGAUUCUGAGAUCAUGACUGAAGAAAUCUUUGGUCCAUUGCUUCCCAUAAUCACACUGAAUAACAUUGAAGAAAGCAUCGAAUUCAUUAACUCUAGGCCUAAGCCUCUUGUUAUCUAUGCUUUCACCGAGGAUGGAACCUUCAAGAAACGAAUUCUAUCAGAAACAUCCUCAGGAACUGUAACAUUCAACGAUGUCAUGGUUCAAUUUGUAUGUGAUUCGCUACCAUUUGGAGGAGUUGGCCAAAGUGGCUUCGGAAGAUACCAUGGGAAGUAUUCUUUUGAUACUUUCAGCCAUGAAAAAGCUGUACUGCACAGAGCCUUCUUUCCUGAAUUGGAACCAAGAUAUCCUCCCUGGAAUGAUUUCAAGCUCCGGUUCAUCAAAUUAGCUUACAGGUUCGACUACUUCGGACUAAUCCUCCUCCUGCUAGGGUUGAAAAAGCCAUAGGUGAAAAAAACAGUUCCAGGGCCUGCUCUGUUGCCUCUUUCCUUUACUAAGUAGGGUGGAAGGAUUAAAUAAUGCCUGUUUGCAUCAAUGUGAAAUGUUUGCUUCUUGUCAGAUGUUCUGUCCUGAACCACAAACAAGACAGGUUUUGUUGUUAUGUUGGAACCAAAUCUGAGCAUAGUUCAAUUAAGUUUCAACCCACACCUUGCCUCAAGCAUGUGGCCUGGGAAUCCAUUUAGCAAUUGCCCUUUA